UUGCAUUGGGCGCGACUAUCCUUGGCCACGUCUCCGGGCCACGUCGCGCAUUACUCGCCAUUUUCCCAUCCAGACCGAGGAAAACGUCGAUUUAGGUGCCGGACAGACCCUCUUGUAAGGUUUUAAACCUGCAAGUAACAGAGGCUUGAAGGUCGUAUUUGAUUUGACCCGCAUAGGUUCGUUCUAGCGAAGGCACAGCCGCCUGCAGCACCCAGCAGAAUCAUGAACAUUUUCAGACUCACUGGUGAUCUCUCCCAUUUAGCAGCCAUCAUCAUCCUACUGCUAAAAAUAUGGAAAACCAGGUCCUGUGCCGGUAUCUCUGGGAAGAGUCAGAUCCUGUUCGCCUUGGUGUUCACCAGUCGCUACCUGGACCUGCUCACCUCCUUCAUCUCCCUCUACAACACCACCAUGAAGGUAAUCUACAUUGGCUGUGCGUACGCCACCGUGUACCUGAUCUACGCUAAGUUCAAGGCCACCUAUGAUGGUAACCAUGACACCUUCAGAGUGGAGUUCCUGGUCGUCCCCGUAGGAGGGCUGGCGUUCCUCGUCAACCACGACUUCUCUCCCCUCGAGAUCCUGUGGACGUUCUCUAUCUACCUGGAGUCGGUGGCCAUCUUGCCCCAGCUCUUCAUGAUCAGUAAGACGGGCGAGGCGGAGACCAUCACCACCCACUACCUGUUCUUCCUGGGCCUGUACCGGGCUCUCUACCUCAUCAACUGGAUCUGGCGCUUCUACUUCGAGGGAUUCUUCGACAUGAUCGCCAUCGUGGCCGGUGUUGUUCAGACGAUCCUCUAUUGCGACUUCUUCUAUCUGUAUGUGACAAAAGUACUGAAAGGAAAGAAGCUGAGUCUACCAGCCUAAGUGCCAAAGAUCACCGAUUUGGCAGACUCGCUGGGGGGGUGGCACAUGACACAGUUGCCCCCCCCAUCCCCGCCAGUGUAAGAUGCCUGAGACAGAGAGCGAGCCGCUUAGUUUGUCCUGUUUUUUGACCACUAUCAGCAACACCUGUUCAGGAGGGUGCAAAUGUCAGAGCGCUCAGAUAGAAAUGUAUUGUAUAGAGCUAGGGAAUUGUCAGCUCUAUUAAUUAUAUUUCUAUCUGCAAUGCUUUUAACUCCCACCUUGCUGGAUGCAACCCAGAACAAACCCGAAAAGGCCAUCCUGAAGCCUUCGGACUUCUGUUUGAUGCAUCUUGCCUGACCUUUUUUUAUUACUCUGUAUAAAGGAAGAAAACAGUUUUCUAAAUAAAAAUGUGUACUCUGUAUGAUGAUUUGACACAUUAGGGAAUGAGCUGAAAAGAUAAAUUGCCUGGGAUUUGGCACUGUAAAAUAUUGGAGCGGACUUCUUGUGGUGGGAUAGUAUUGACUUAAACCGUUUAGUAUUUGCAAUCUCAAAUGUAUUUGCA